CAGCGGCGGCAGCAGCAGCAGCAGCAGCAUGGACACGGCGGCCCGGGUGUGGGGGCUGGGGCGGAGUGUGUCCCUUGUUCUCACUGGUACGAUACGAAGGAACUUUUCAGCACAAACCAGCGGUGAGGUCCAUAUUGCAAAUGUAUUAAAGAGCAAAUUUCCACAAGCUUCAUUGGUCAAGGUUGUGGAUAUUUCAGGAGGUUGUGGAGCCAUGUAUGAAGUCCACGUUGAAUCAGUCGAAUUUAAAGGAAAGCGACUCGUGCAACAGCACCAGAUGAUUAACCAGGUUGUCAGAGAGGCUCAGUGUGGGAUUCCGGGCUGCGGGGAUGUUCUGCCGGAGCGGGAGGGGGCGCUGCGGGAGGAGUCGGCGCUCCCUCACGGGGAGUCCCCUCUUGCUCGGCGCUUGUUGGCGCCGGUGAGGAGGAGGAGGAGGAGCGGCGGCGCGAUGGCGGAGUACCAGCCGGCAAGAACAUCCAUUAAAGAGAAAGCCAAACAUGCGUUGAAGUUGUAUGAUAUAGGAAAUAAAUACUCCGACUUGACCCUUCCCAGAGCUUCGGUGCUUGUACCUCUAUUGAUAAAAAAUGAGGAGCUACAUGUACUGCUCACAGUCAGAUCCAUGCAGUUGCACAGUAACCAAGGGGAGGUUUGCUUUCCUGGCGGGAAACAGGAAUCGAAAGACAGAAGUGACAUAGACACAGCCCUCCGUGAAGCUCAGGAAGAAAUCGGCCUUCCUCCAGAUCAGGUGGAAGUUAUCUGCAAGCUGGUCCCUAUAAUCAACAAGGAAGACAUUUUAGUGACACCGGUGGUGGCAUUUAUCUCAGAUACGUUCCGGCCACAGCCCAAUGCCAGUGAAGUGAGUGACGUGUUUAUCCUUCCAAUGCACCACUUCUUAAAGUCAGAAGAACACUCUUCCACGCCUUACGACAGGGGAAUGUUGCUGCACUUCUUCACGUUUAAAGAUCGGCAGUUGCACAAGUCAUUCACUAUAUGGGGCCUCACUGCACAAAUCUGUAUUAUUGUGGGGUACUUAGCCCUAGGCCAGAAGCCUUUGUUUAAGGUUGAUUUUGACAUUGAUAACCCAAUGGCAAGUAUGGAUAAAUAUCUAAUGGCAAAAUAUGCGACUAGUAAGCUAUGAGCAUGUUUGGCACGUUUCCUCUUUCAGUCUUCAAGUGGACUGUCGUUAAUAUUUUUAUGAGAUCCUUUGGUUCCAGGUGUAAGUUGGUCCAUCACUAGCCACUCUAAUUGUUCACUUCAAUAUUUAAUUUUUGUACAAUCAUCUAAAUUUCUGCACCUUUUAGUUUUCAUUUUUGUCUUCCAUGCUGAUUCUUUGCUAUAAACUGUCAGCUAAUUAGAUUGAAUCUUUUCCAAUGUUAACUCAGUGUUUCAGGAUUGCUGAUGACAUGCUGAGGAUUGAUGUGGCCCCUCAGGAAAAUUUUGUUUAAUAUAAUAUGUAUAUUACACAAUGAAGUGUCACAUGCAGAAAAAUAAUAAAUUAUUUUAGUUAUCAAUAU